CGUCUCUGCUUAUUGAGCCUGGUUCUUCUCUCACAGAAGUAGAAAUGAUCGAUGCGUACUUUGUCAAUUUCCACCCACUUGCCCCCCUGGUCGAUGAAAAGAGUUUCCGCGCCACUCACUUGGUCGGCGACCAGAAAGAUAAUCGAUGGCUGGCCUUGUUCAACAUCGUCCUGGCAUUGGGGAGUAUCGCAGCCUCGGGGGCAGAGAAUCACGACCACCGGACAUAUUACUCGCGUGCAAUGAGUCUCCUCGACCUGGCUACACUCGGCAGUCCUAGCCUCGAAGCAGUGCAGGCCCUCGGACUCAUCGGGGGCUGGUAUUGCCACUAUAUCAGCCAGCCAAACCUCGGAUAUUCCCUGAUGGGCGCCUCUCUGCGCAUGGCUGUCACGCUAGGGCUACAGCGCGAGCCUUACGACGGCCGUCUUAUACCAGACCCGGCCAGGGCUGCACACCAGGAAUUCAGACGGCGGGUAUGGUGGGCUCUGUGCUGUCUAGAAACAUGGGGCCAUGAGACCCUCGGCCGGCCCUGUAUGGACUUCUUUGCGCCGAGCAUCACCGUCUCUCAACCUCGUCUGCUGGAUCAGGAACACUAUCUUGUGGUACUUCCCUUGAUUGAAAACGUCGAAUUUAUCAAGAUUGCUUCGAAAGUCCAGGAAUCACUGGCCGCUCUGCCAACGUUGACGCACAAGGAGAUAUUCGACAUGGAUUCACAACUACACCAGUGGUGGAGCAACCUGCCACCCGUCCUGAAAGACCACGAACCGUGUCCUGAAUCGUUAUAUACUGCGCGCACGGUGAUGCGUUGGCGGUAUUACAACCAACGCAUGCUACUGUAUCGCCCGAAGCUUCUCAACUUUGCGAUGCGACGAGUCCCGCUCAUGGCGAUUCGAGAAGAGGAGCGCAAUGCCAUUUCCAAGUGCCGCGAAAUUGCGGAGCUGAGUAUCCAAGAUAUCUCAAUGACGUCUAAAUUAAAUCAGAUGAUCGGCUGGAACGGCGUUUGGCUCUUGUUUCAGGCAACCAUGGUGCCCCUCAUCUACCUAUCCACUCGAUCUACAAAUGACGACUCUGCUGCUGCCUUCGAUGCUUGCAAGAGACAAGUCGAGACGGCCCUAUUGACACUUGGCCGGAUGAAGCCUUACGGACACACCGCAGAACGCUCACUGGAGGUAGCUUCGGGCAUUCUCAAAGUCUCUCUCCAAAGUACUGAGACGACUAAAAAUCCUGGAUCCAGCAAUCUUCCUUUUUUGAGUGAAUUGGAUUGUUAUCCACCGGCCACACCAGAUUGGACCGUUCCAUCUUUCGACAACUUGCCACUUGAUUCCAUGUGGGAGUAUCUGAGCUGGGAUGGUCACGAUAUAUGGCCCGAUGGUUUUGGUAGUUUUGAUGACCAGUCACUGUCUAUUUUUCCAUCUAUGGCGGAUACUUGAGCAGCAGGAAAUCCUAUAUAUCUUGGACUAGUACAAUCUGUAAUAAAAAGCGUCUAGCAAUGGAGCCCC